CUAUAUUUCCUUUAAGACAAUCGGUUUUGCUUCGUGGUUUUUUUCUGGUUAUGUAUUUUUGUCGAUGGGGUUUAUCAACUUUUGUAUCUUUAACAAUUCUUGAUUUCAUCUAUUUCUGAAUCUCCGUUCUAGGCUUCAAGUCUCCCCAAAAUUUGCAGAACAUUUCAACUUAUAAUUUCUUUGUCGAUAACUGUGUGAGGUUUUUAUUUUUUUUAUUUUUUGUUGGUAAUCUUCACUACUGGGGUAAAUUUGUUACCGUAUGACGAGAAUACAUUAACAUCGCACUCCAAGGGGAGUAAAAAGGGAACUUUCCAGUGACCGAGAGCAAUUUCAGUUCCCAAAUCUGUCUCUGGAAAAUAGAUGCAUUUUUUUGCUGUGCUUAAAAGGCUUGGGAUUUGCAGUAUGUCUUCGUCAGCAGCUGUGCCGGAAGCUUCAUUUGACUCCCAGUUAUUGUUGACUAAUGAGCCUGUUGUUUCAGUUGACUGGCUCCAUGCUAAUCUCCGAGAGCCUGACUUGAAGGUGCUAGAUGCCUCCUGGUACAUGCCAUAUGAACAGAGGAACCCACUUCAAGAAUAUCAGGUUGCACACAUUCCCGGUGCCCUUUUCUUUGAUAUUGAUGGCAUAUCAGAUCGAUUUGCCAAUUUGCCACAUAUGCUGCCAUCAGAGGAAGCAUUUGCUGCUGCUGUUUCUGCACUAGGAAUUGAGAGUAAAGAUAGAGUUGUUGUUUAUGAUGGAAUGGGCCUUUUCAGUGCAGCUCGUGUUUGGUGGAUGUUUCGAGUGUUUGGGCAUGAUAAAAUUUGGGUUUUAGAUGGAGGCAUGCCAAGAUGGCAUGCUUCAGGAUUUGAAGUUGAAUCGAGUGCUUCAAGUGAUGCUGCAUCAAAUGCUCUCUUGCAAGCUAGUGCUGCCAUUGAGGCAAUAGAGAAAGCAUAUCGAGGACAGCCAGUUGGGCCAGUUACCUUCCAAACCAAAUUCCAGCCCCAUUUCAUCUGGGCAGUAGAACAGGUUAAGAAGAACAUUGAAGAAAAAUCAUUUCAACAUAUAGAUGCUCGCUCAAGAGCUAGGUUUGAUGGGGUUGCACCAGAGCCUCGAAAGGGAUUAAGAAGCGGACAUAUACCAGGAAGCAAAUGCAUUCCUUUCCCUGAGAUGCUGGAUGGCUCACAGGCACUCUUACCUGCAGACGAGCUUAAGAAAAGAUUUGAACAAGAAGGGAUAUCAUUGGACAAGCCUAUACUGACUUCAUGCGGCACUGGUGUAACUGCUUGUAUCCUCGUAUUGGGGCUCCAUCGACUUGGGAAGACUAAUGUUCCGGUAUAUGAUGGGUCGUGGACAGAAUGGGCAACAAAACUGGACGUUUCCAAUGACGCUCGCAGUGCUUAUGAAGGAUUGCCGGCUAAAUGAAUGUCAAGUCUAUAGAUUAUUCGAUUCUCUCCAUUGCUAUAUUAUAACUGCUGUGAGAACUACACUUUCAUAUAUAGUUUGAAAAUCUUUUGUCCAUUUGAUGUAUCAAUCACCAAACUCUAAUGAAUUUGAACAUCGAAAUGUUUCUGACUAUUGAACCCUCUUUUGUACCAGCGAUCGAGCAUUCUGACCUUUGUUUUAUGUGCAGAUAAUUGAUGUUACUCUUCA